CAAGAUAAUGCAAUUUUAUGCGCACGCAUCAUGCAUUUUCUUGGUUAAGGAUCAUUAGGUGUCCACAUCUCAAAUAGUCUCAGGCGAUCUUUGCACUUUAUAGUGAAGUAAACGAGGCGUAAUUAGAAAGGUGCGGUAUCUGUAGAGCUGUGAUAAUCGUUGAGAAUGUACUGUAUAAACAAGUAAUAUUAUAAACCAGGUCGUUGCGAUUAAGUUAAUCAUGAGCUCUUUAUGGGGAUGCAGUGCCAGUUAGCGGAUCCCCAAGAAAACCUUGUCUGGUGUGGUCUCGUUACACCAUAUGCAUAUUUCGUGCCUAGUUUAAUAAUGUGGGUCUAAAGGAUAUUUCGCAUAAGAAGCCGUGGAGGAACAGUGAGAAAAGUCGGAAGAUGGAGACGAACAUCCAAAAGAGGCGUGAGAAUAAGAAAUCCCUGCGGGUGAAAGUGAUCAGUUUGGGGAAUGCUGAGGUGGGGAAGAGCUGCAUUAUUAAACGUUAUUGUGAAAAAAGAUUUGUCUCCAAGUACCUGGCAACCAUAGGAAUUGACUAUGGUGUGACAAAGGUUCAAGUUCGGGACAGAGAGAUGAAAGUUAAUAUUUUCGACAUGGCAGGACAUCCUUUCUUUUACGAGGUGCGGAACGAGUUCUACAAGGACUCCCAAGGGGUGAUCCUGGUGUACGACGUGGGACUCAAGGAGAGCUUUGAUGCCCUGGACAGCUGGCUUGGCGAGAUGAAGCAGGAGAUGGGUUCCCACUCCAACAUGGAGAGCAUCGUCUUUGUUGUGUGCGCCAACAAGGUGGACUUAACCAAGAGGCGAGUGGUGGACGAAAGCGAGGGCAGACUGUGGGCGGAGAGCCGGGGCUUCCACUACUUUGAAACGUCGGCUCAAAGCGGGGAGGGCAUCGGCGAGAUGUUUCAGGCUUUUUUCUUCUCCAUUGCCGAUAUGUGUGAGAAUGGGGGCCGGCGGCCUGUGGUAGGCCCCAGCGCCAGCUUUACCCGUGAGCAGGCGGACACCAUCCGCAGGAUUCGUAGCAGCAAGGACAGCUGGGACAUGCUCGGGGUCAAGCCAGGGGCCACAAGGGAGGAGGUGAACAAGGCAUACAGGAAGCUGGCAGUGCUCCUGCACCCAGACAAGUGCGUGGCACCAGGCAGUGAGGAUGCCUUCAAAGCAGUGGUGAAUGCUCGCACCUCGCUGCUCAAGACCAUAAAGUAGGAUGCCCCGCUUUCUCGGCCUUAUGCAUGUGAAAGCUCAGCUAGCUGUGGUGUAGCCAUGGGUCGCAAGAUUAAAACAUACAUUGCUUGUCUGCCAUGGUGGGUGUCACCAGGUCGCGCUGUACAUUUCAUGGAUUCAUCGUAUGCCGUCGUCAACGUAUCGUAAACUUGUUGCACUAACUUUCUCCAGUACACUGCAUUUAAAUAGCCGUUCUCGUUUCAUUCAAUGUUUACACCUGAAGUUACUGUACAAUGAGGAAGAAUACAUUGAAAAAAAUAGACUUGUUUCUUUAGGUCAGUUCUCGGCUGGCCGAAGGAAUUGAUUGCUGGAAUGAUAUCCAGAUCUGGAAAUAAAUUCCCAGAAAAUUGCUGCUAUUGAUUAAGAGCAAACUACAUAUUGGUGGAACUGAAUCUCAGAUACUUGUUAUUAUAGAAUUGCCUUAUUAUAUUGCCUAUAUUAUGUAUUAUUGUUAACGAGUAAAUGUGAUUGAAAAUUGUAAUAUUAA